AUGGAAAGAAUAUCUUCGGAUAUGGAGUUUAUCGAACCCAUUAACCUGAUGUGGUGCAAGUACAAGCUUCUCGUGCAACGUCCUACGCAAAAAACCGAAAUGGUGUUAUUCGAAGGAUCUUUCGAUGUUUGUCAAUAUCUACGGGAUAGACGCAUGUCAAAUAAAUUGGCUCAAAGUGUUUUUCAAAACAUGGCUAGAGACAGUAAUAUGCCAAAGGAGUGUCCUUUCCAUGAGGGUCCGCUUUAUUUCCACAAUGUCUACGCAUUGGAUAAUUUACCUGCUUUUCUGCCCGAAAUGGACUUUACCAUGAACAUUACGUUCUUCGAGCCCAAUACAACAAAUGAGUCGCAUAUUAAGCUUAAGGGAAGCCUUCUAGAGUCUAAUAGAGCACGCUAUAAAAUAUGGCCAUGA